CGUGACUGAAGUGAAGACUGACAUCUACGUGACCAGUUUUGGCCCUGUGUCAGACACUGACAUGGAGUACACUAUUGAUGUAUUUUUUCGGCAGACAUGGCAUGAUGAAAGACUGAAAUUUGAUGGACCCAUGAAGAUUCUUCCACUUAACAAUCUCCUGGCUAGUAAGAUCUGGACCCCUGACACCUUUUUCCACAAUGGCAAGAAAUCGGUGGCUCAUAACAUGACCACUCCCAACAAGCUGCUCAGAUUGGUGGACAAUGGAACUCUCCUCUACACAAUGAGGUUAACAAUUCAUGCUGAGUGCCCUAUGCAUUUGGAAGAUUUUCCAAUGGAUGUGCACGCCUGCCCACUGAAGUUUGGGAGUUAUGCCUAUACUACAGCUGAAGUGGUUUAUUCUUGGACUCUUGGGAAGAACAAAUCUGUGGAAGUGGCACAGGAUGGUUCUCGCCUGAACCAGUAUGACCUGCUGGGCCAUGUCGUUGGGACAGAGAUAAUCCGGUCUAGUACAGGAGAAUAUGUCGUCAUGACAACCCACUUUCAUCUCAAGAGAAAAAUUGGCUACUUUGUGAUCCAGACCUACUUGCCAUGUAUUAUGACUGUCAUUCUGUCUCAAGUGUCGUUUUGGCUCAACAGAGAGUCUGUCCCUGCCCGUACGGUCUUUGGUGUUACCACUGUUCUCACCAUGACCACCUUGAGUAUCAGUGCCAGAAACUCCUUACCUAAAGUGGCAUACGCGACGGCCAUGGACUGGUUCAUAGCCGUCUGUUAUGCCUUUGUAUUUUCUGCGCUGAUUGAAUUUGCCACUGUCAACUACUUUACCAAGCGGAGUUGGGCUUGGGAAGGCAAGAAGGUGCCAGAGGCCCUGGAGACCAAGAAGAAAACACCAGCAGCCCCAGCAAAGAAAACCAGCACCACCUUCAACAUCGUGGGUACCACCUACCCCAUCAAUCUGGCCAAGGACACCGAGUUCUCCACCAUCUCCAAGGGCGCUGCUACCAGUGCCUCCUCAACUCCGACAAUCAUUGCCUCGCCCAAGGCGACCUACGUGCAGGAUAGCCCAACUGAGACCAAGACCUACAACAGUGUCAGCAAGGUUGACAAAAUUUCCCGCAUUAUCUUUCCUGUGCUCUUUGCCAUCUUCAAUCUGGUCUAUUGGGCCACAUAUGUCAACCGGGAGUCAGCUAUCAAGGGCAUGAUCCGCAAACAGUAGAUAGUGGUGGUGGCACAGCAACCAGAGCACUGUAUACCCCAUGAAGCAUCCAGGCACCCAAACCCCGGGGCUCCCCCUCAUGUGUUUCAGGAUUCUUUUUAACCCUCUACCAAGCUGUGAAUCUCAAUUCAUAUUUAUGAAUCUCAAUGAAAAAAUAACCACAGAAGAGUUAUUUGUUCCUCUAACAUUGCUGAGUAUACCCCCAUCAAAGCCAAACACUGCCAUUUGUCCAAUUACUCAUCCUAGUCUGCCAGUCUCCCUCAGCUGAGGGCACUGCAUGUAUUUUAUUGCACUCUGCCCAAUGCAGAAAGAACAACAAGAGAUUUGACUCCCUAGAGUGGAAGCCAUGACUGUUUGGGAGAUCAAGAAUGAGGAGAAUUCCUGACUGGUCCAGACCCGAUCAUUCUGACUUGCAAGGGAGCCAGGUUGGGCUAUCCCAUGUGGUCCUUUUUGCCACCUCCCCUUCUGCUCAGUAGGGCCUUCUAGGCGUAAGUACCGAUAGCAAAAAUGGGAGGCAGUUCUAACCUCUGAAUAUGGCCCUUCACCACUUUCUUGGCUUGGAGUUUAGUGGUAACAACUGAGGCUCACCACUCUCUACCACGUACGGCCAAAUCAAAUAGAACUAGCUGGGCUAGGCUGGCACCAAGAGAGCCAGUUCCCUGCCAUGUCCAGUCCCUUGGAAAAUAGUAACCUCCUUGGUAUAGUUCUCCCCCAGUAAAGUCCACUUCCCUCAAUGCCUUGACUCCCUUGUAGCCAGCUGGGCACUGCUUAGUUUGGACUCAUUGCCACCUGCAAAAAUUCUUCAGGAAAAAAAGAAUCAAGUAUUUUUAAUUUAAAAUAAAAAGGUACAAACAGAAGCAAAAAAGAUCUAGAUCAAAUGCCUGCACACGAAUUUUUAAAAGAUGGGAGAGUUAGAAAAGUCACCUCUCUGCCAAGGCAACUGGUCAAAUACUGGAUCUGGCAAGAGGUUUGAGUGGAAGGUAGUUGAAGAUUGAAGUCCAGCUCAAAAGACAGGGCCACUGGCAGAUGACAGCCAAAUUCUUCCUUCCAUACCUGACAUACUCCACGUCUUUGCUUAGGCUCAGGCACUUUGUUCUCACCAUGCCAGGAACCUCUGGUCUUCUGUUGAUGCCAAUUCUGUGAGGGGUGAAUUGGAGAUUCAUAUAAAUAUCUCUAGCCAAUUUUUGAGUCAACUAUAUCAUUAACUUUAUUACCAGUUUUAUAAUAUAUUAUUUAGAGACCACUUGAUCUUAUUUGUUCUUAAUGUAAGUAAAAGAGACAGACGUAAAUAUGAAAUUUUUAUAAGGUAGAUCAACUGAGUCCCAGAAGUUUGAAUGAUUUGCCUAGGCGCCUCACAAGUGUCUUUAAUAAAGAGCCACCAUGCACUCCUUUCCAAAGGCCAAAAUGAAGAAAGGACUGAGAAACCAGGUCUACCCUGACCUCAAAAUUAGCACAACCUCAAUGGGCCUUCUGAGUCGUAAGUGCAGUUUGGUUGGACAUCAAAAAGGUUUUUAGAAAGUCACAAUGUGUCACCCGAGAAGACCACUUUUAAUAGUCUCGGCUCAAGGGAAUGAGACUGUUUAAGAUGGCAGCCCCGGCCACUUUGGAUCUGAAUACCUACACUAGUCCUGAGUAUCCUAGAAGCCCAAGGUAAAUCCACAGAUGGCACCACAAGCGGAUUCCCCCUACCCACCCCCUGAACAAAGCUCCUAAGGGGUGUAUCAUUAGCUACUGGUUGCCUUUCCACUCAUUCUUUUCCCAACCCCUGCUUCCUUGCCAUUGCUGGGAUAACGCAUGCCAGUCCCAUUAUCCCUAAGACCGUGUCUGUAGGUAAAUUCAUGACUAGAAGAGUGUAGUCUUGUGGCUAUAUGGGGUUAUGGGGGGUGGGAGGGCGGGGCUGUAACUGAUUGUCUUAAGGAAUUUCGAGUGGAAGCCUGACCUUUGCCUCUUUGUAGAAAUUGUGUUUCCAAAUGCUUUGGUGCAAUGUUUAGCGGCUGUUUAUUAAACCCUUUCUAAUUGUA